CAGACAUCUACAAUCCAUCACUUGAACCACCAGUUUUCGGCGUGCAGCCACGCCCUGUUGAGUCCAGUACCGGUACCCUGGUGAACCCAACAGGGACAGUCUUUUGCUUUCUUCCUGCUGCUUGUCUCCCGGGCCUCGAGGGUUUUAACGGGAUGUCUGUCGUAAUCGGCUUGAUCGCAUUGAAAGAAGAAUUUGUUCGUCUCCCCAGUCUUUUUGUGUUGAUAGCUUCGUUGAAUGAAGAGCCCGCAUUUGUUGUUCUUCACCCACGUUAUCAUUCGGUCGAUUAUUGUGACUUCGUCAGCGGGGUCCCCGCAGAAGAGAGGCUCGCCGGCGGCAUCGACAGUCCAUGUAUCUUCAGGUCCGUACGCCUCGGCUUCCUCUGAGUCUGAGCCGGCCGAAGGCGCAGGCGAGAUUUCGUCACGGCACGAAUUACCCGGCGAGGGCGGGGGAGAGGGAGAGGGAGUCGGAGCCGGGGACGGCGAGGGCGAGGGCUUAAAACACCAAGUGCGCGCAAAAAGCCCGGCAUGUGACGGCGUAAAUAGUGGCAUUUUUACUUUACCGGGCUUCCUUAGUGCAUGGUAGG